AUGACGAACGCUACGAUCCAGGAGAUAGAAGGAAUUGAUGAUUAUUGGGGCCCUGCAUUCCGUUCGAUAUACGAAGGAGAAGGCCACGAAGCGUUUGUACAACAGUUGGAUGAACGGAUAAAACAACAUGACAAAGAAAUUGAGAAGCUAUGCAACUUUCAUUAUCAGGGCUUUAUUGACUCAAUCCGUGAGUUACUACAAGUGCGGUCACAUGCUGAGGAGUUGCAUGCGGAGAUAUCUAAUGUGGAUGCCAAUGUCAAAGACACCACUGACAGUUUAUGUGCUAAAGCUGAAGAGUUGAUACGAGCUAGAAGGGUGGAGCUGAACAUUGCAGCUACUAUAGAGAAGAUGGAGCUGUGCCUGCCAUUGCUGACCACAUAUUCCAAGCUGAAGUCUCAAGUGGAAGCUAAAAGAUAUUAUCCAGCUUUGAAGACGUUAGAACAACUGGAGCACGUGUUGCUCCCGCGCGUCGGUCCGUACAAGUGGUGCGGGCAGAUCUCAGCCGACAUACCGCGGCUACGACAAGCUAUACAGGACGCGUCCAUGGCUGACCUCAGAGACUUCCUCGAAAAUAUACGAACACUUAGCCCACAGGUGGGAGCGAUGGCUUUGAAGCAGACACAAGAAAUGCUCGGAAGGAGUCUUGCAAGUAUUGUCAAAAAUAAAAAAGAUAUGGCAGUUUUAGGAAUAUCAGCGAAAGAGAACAUUGGACCACAAUGUCCCCACGAGUUGGUCGACUUCAGCCCUUUACAUAGAUGUCUGCAUAUCCACAGUGUGUUGGGCGCCAAGAAUGACUUCAUACAGUAUUACAGAGCUCAACGCAAACAGCAAGCCCGUCUAGUGUUGAUCCCUGCAUCAGUAAACUUGCACGACUCGAUACAAGGCGUUAAGAACUACUUAAAUGCAGUCCUAGGGUUCUUUAUACUGGAGGAACAUUUACUGAGCGCAGGCGCAGGGCUGGUGUCCAAAGACUGGUUGCUGGACAUGUGGGGGAUGUCGGUGACAAAAGUAGCUUCCACUUUGAGGACCAAUACAUCCCUAAUUACGGAUCCCACGCUCAUGCUGAGUAUCAAACACCAGAUCGUACUGUUUAUCAACACAUUGAAAUGUUACGGUCUCCCCACGGAUCCGUUGCCACUGUUACUGCAAGAGAUGGCGGAGCAUUACACUGAAGUGUUGAUGCAAAGAUGGGUGGUAGUCUUCAGGGAUAUACUCGACAAUGCCUCUUUCCUACCUAUCGAGGUAGAGAAUCAAGACCAAUACGACGGUGUCAUGGACACGUUCCCCUACGAUGGAGAUGAAUUAGAAAUGCAACCGUUUCCGAGGAAGUUCCCGUUCUCGAGCAUAGUGCCGGGCGUGUACGUGCAGGUGAAGGAGUUCAUCUACGCGUGGCUGAAGUACUCGGCGGGGCUGGGGCUGGGCGGCGGCCGGCGCGCGGCGGCGGCGCGACACUCCGCCUCCCUGCUGCUCAGUCGCUCCUUCACGGGCUGUCUGUCCGCGCUCUUCCGGAGACCACUGCCGCUCAUGCAGCUCGUACAGAUUAUCGUGGACACGCAAUACUUAGAAGGCGCGACAUUAUGUCUCUACGAAUUCAUCAGCAACAUCACUGGCUCUGAACUAGUCACUACACAGGCGGCAGGCAGCAUGUUCCAAGCGGCACGCGACGACGCCGAGCAACAGAUCUGCGACAAACUGGAGAAGAAAGUUGACGAGUUCCUCGACCUCGAGAACUAUGACUGGCUUUUAGUGGAGCCGACUGGUCAGGCGUCGUCCUUCGUCACGGACAUGCUGAGCUACUUAUCAGGCGUACUGACGUCACUGGAGCAACUGCCGGAGAGGGCCAGAGUGGCAGCAGUCCGUGCAGCGACGAACCGUAUCGCGAGCCGACUGCGCAACCUGUUGCUGGACCCCGCCGUCAAGCAGAUCUCGUCGGGCGCGCUCGACCAGCUCAACCUCGACGUCAUACAGUGCGAGCAGUUCGCGGCCGGGGAGCCCGUGCCUGGACUCAAGGAGGGAGAACUCUUGGAACAUUUUGCUAGCUUGAGGCAACUUCUCGACUUAAUAACGGGUUGGGACUGGUCAUCAUACCUCCACGAUGUCGGUAUAGACGGCGGCAAGUACUCACUAGUGACGCCGCGCGAUGCCGCCACGCUCCUCGAAAAACUCAAAGAAGCUGAACAGAAGUCUUCUGUCUUCGCCGUCCUCAAGAAGAAUGAAAGAGACAGAAGGAAGCUACUCGACACCGUACUAAAACAAUUAAAACAAUUACAGAAUCAAGACGGAUCGUGA